GACGAAACGUGAAGCAUUUAAACAAAAUGGUGUCACGUGUGAUGUGUAGUUGGUUAUCGAUUGAUAUUAUUGUUUCAUUGGUCUCACAAUGUGGACUAUUUGGCGCGGCGUAGGCAUAUUUGGGACGCUGUUCGCGCUUUCCUUUUUGAGAAAGUGCUGGGAGUUUUGGAGAUAGAGGAGGAGGGUGAACCAAACCGAGCUGCGUUGACGUGUCCUGGGGGCAGCAUCACUCUCGAAAGUUUGUAUCUGUCAUUUCCCGGACUCUCCGAACCGACCUCCGGCCUGGCUUGUUUACAUUUAUUGGGCCCAAGCGUGUGUCGGUUCUUCGCGGUACACCACGCUCCAGCUUUCCGGGCUGGCGGUAGUCUUCUCGGGCCACCAAAUAGAAUGUUACCCAGCCAGCUUGGGUCGGCACCAUCUGGAAACGGGUCAGCAUUAGGCAGGGGUACCACGGGACACGGUUCGGAGGCUGUCGGUGGCAUUCGCCCCGUCUUAGUCCGAGCAGGGCAACCUUUAGCUGGGGUGAGUGAGAGCGGCGGAACUGCGGGGCGGCAGGGGAACGCUGCAGUCGGGAUGCUGGGGGCAAACGGUCCGGGAGGUUCGAGAGGCGCAAGACCGGGAAACGAAACCGGGGCGAACCCUCUGCAGACAACAGUCCAGGGAGGAAACAUGAUUGCGUUAAACACGGGUGUCGUGUUGCCUCACGGAGCACGAUUCAACCCGGACCGGGAGAGCCACGGAGCUCACCUGUGCAGCGGCUCGGAUAAUGACUCCGACUCCGGGGAUGACGACGACCCAGUGGGGUCACUCGGGGACGGCAGGAGAGGGGUGAAGCGGGAGAGGGGGGAGAUGGAGGCGGCUGCGGCUGGCCACGAGAUGGGGGUGGCUCCCGGAGGAUACGGCAUGGUGGCCGGAGUCGCCGGGGCAAAGCCGGGGAAGAAGACACGUGGGCGGGUAAAGAUCAAGAUGGAGUUUAUUGAUAAUAAGUUGAGACGGUACACGACUUUCAGCAAGAGGAAGACGGGCAUUAUGAAGAAGGCCUAUGAACUCUCCACCCUGACGGGAACCCAGGUUUUGCUACUCGUGGCCAGCGAAACGGGUCACGUGUACACUUUUGCAACCCGAAAGCUCCAGCCCAUGAUCACGAGUGAAACGGGCAAAGCCCUGAUCCAAACGUGCCUCAACUCUCCUGACUCGCCGCCCCGCUCCGACCCCUCCAUGGACCAGCGCAUGAGCGCCAUGGGCUUCGAGGAGACGGAUCUCACCUACCAGGUGUCCGAGUCAGAGACCAUGGGUGACUCUAAGGACACCCUGAAACCGACAUUCACAGUAGCCAGCCUACCGGGCACCACGAGCAGCGCCCAGCCCACGGUACCCACCACCUCCACCACCAUGCAGGCAAGCAGCGGAGCCUCAUUUCCCAUCACCAACUACCUGGCCCCCGUCUCGGCCAGCAGCAAUAUCAGCGCAAACGGAACUGUCCUGAAGACCGCCGGCGCCUCCACGGGCGUAAUGCAGCUGCCCAGCGGCUUCACCUUCAUGCCCGCAGGCACUCCUCUACCCCCCGGCACCCCCACCAUUCCUCUGAGCCAGCUGCAGCAGCACUCCCUGGCCCUCCAGGGGCAGCAUGGUCAGACCCUGGCUGCCGCCCCACAGCCACAGCAGGGACAGCAGGCUGUCUUCCGCUUCCCUGCCGCUGUCUCCCUCACAGGAACAGGAGGUCCACAGCAGCUCCAGGCAAUCCAGGUCCAUCCCAAUGCGCAGUCUACCCCCAACAGUGACAGCAGUCCAGAAAUCUCCCACACCUCCACAAACUCCACCGCAACGGUGAGUCUCCCAGCAACCAUAGUCAGUUCGUCAGUGCCUACGUCUGUGGCGGGUCACAUGAUGUACCCCAGCCCUCACACGGUGAUGUACGCCUCCACGCCCACACUGGGCGAUGGAGGACUGGCCGUGCUCAACGCCUUCUCCCAGGGGACCUCGGCCAUGCAGGUGUCCCACUCGCACAGCCAGGACGCGGGCGCUGUCCCUCAGGUGUUCCUCACUGCACCUCAAGGCACGGUGCACAUCCCCGUCUCAGCGGUGCAGCUACACCCAGUACGGCAAGAGCUGCAUUUUACAAAUGGUGAUUGGCCAGCAGUCGAGCGGCAGCAGCAGUAACCUGACGGAGCUGCAGGUGGUGAACCUGGACGCCGCGCAGAGCUCGAAGAGCGACUGAUCCACGGCAGGAGCUGUUACACUCUGCAGACCCAGGGACUCUCUCUCUCACACACACACACACACACACACACACACACACACCUCCAUCUCUAUUUAUUGUGAUGCCUUCCAACAAAAUUUACCAUCACUCUUCUGAAUGUGACUUUUACAGACAUAGUGACACAACAAAGGGCAAAUGUGUGGCAGAACCGCACACACACACACACACA